AUGUCCACUUCUGGAGGUAGGACCAUUAAUCGCACAGAAGACCAAGAGGGAAGACCUAAGAUUAAAGAGGGACAACUGCUGUGGUCUGAAAUCCUGUUAUUUGCCUUCUGCUUUUACGAGUUUGGGGGACAGGCUUCAGGUGAAUUUCUCUGCGGUACAAACAAGAUGAAUUCCUCUUGGGGAGGAGCUGCCAAUGAAACCCCCUCCUCCGACAGGGGGGCUGGGAUCUCUCCGUCUCCAGAUGCCUUCAGUGGUCCCCUCCGCACCAUCGAACCCUGGAAUUUCAAAGUUCUGGCGACGUUAAUGUUUUUCGUGACAUUUCUGUCACUGUCUGAAAACUUCCUGGUCUUGCUGGUGACCUACAGAUACAAGCAGCUGCGCCAGCCUCUCAACUACAUCAUUCUCAAUCUGUCAGUAGCCGAUUUCCUGGCAUCGCUGGUCGGUGGCACUCUCAGCUUCCUCACGAACCUUUACGGAUAUUUCUUCCUCGGCGCCUGGGCGUGCGUUCUGGAAGGUUUUGCGGUAACUUUCUUCGGCAUUGUGGCACUCUGGUCACUCGCAGUGCUAGCCUUUGAGCGGUAUUUUGUGAUCUGCCGACCACUGGGUAAUAUCCGCUUGCAGGGAAAGCACGCUGUCCUUGGCAUUGUCUUCAUUUGGGUGUUUUCCUUCAUCUGGACUUUCCCACCUAUCAUUGGCUGGAGCAGUUACACUCUCAGUCCAAUUGGCACAACCUGUGAACCUAAUUGGUAUUCUGGAGAACUCAAAGAUCACUCCUAUAUUAUUGCACUUUUUACAACUUGUUUCAUAAUGCCCUUAUUGCUUAUAGUUGUAUCUUAUGGAAAACUGAUGACGAGACUAAGGAAGGUGGCAAAUACGCAAGGGAGGUUGGGAGUUGCAAGAAAACCUGAAAAGCAAGUCACCAGGAUGGUAAUUGUCAUGAUAGUGGCAUUUCUUUUCUGCUGGUCACCAUACUCAGUUUUCUCCAUAAUGGUGACUAUUUGUCCAACCAUUGAGUUAGAUCCACGGAUAGCAGCAAUACCAGCUUUCUUCGCAAAAACUGCAACAGUUUAUAAUCCAAUCAUUUACGUGUUCAUGAAUGGACAGUUUAGGAAAUGUCUCCUUCAAAUGUUCAGCCUCUCUGAACCCGAAAUCCACCCAACAGCAGAGCAUGCAAUGCAAGCAGGUAACAAUAAUGAGAGAGAAAUGUCCACCAUUGCAACACGGAUGACUUCUUACUGCAAUACAGCAACAAAACCAGAAGAAGGAAACAAACGUGACACCUUUGCUCAACUGCCAAUUCCUGAAAAUGAAGCUUACCCGGUGUAAAUACAAAGGACAUGUAACUUUCAAUGUGCAGUUAAAGUAUUCAAUCAUUACACAUCAUGAUCAUGUGAAAAUUAGUCUGAGUUGAAUGCAAACUGGGAGCACAUCAAGCAUUCAAUCUUCUUUUCUAUUUCAUCGACUGUGGCAAUAGUGAGCCUCAGAUAAGGAAUUGAAUGAUCAUGCUCAAGAAUAACACCUAAAUAUGUCAUUGGCAAUGUCAUAGAGAAUUCUGUCAAAGUUAAUUUGUAAGUCACAACUUCACGUAGAGAUGUAAUUCACAACAGCACAACAGAUUCAACCGAAUUAAUUACUUGUGUAUUACACAGGCAAGUACGCUCCAAAUCAGUAACUGUGGUUUGCAAAUGUUCUCAGUUCCAAAAAUAACAUGAUAUCACAUUUUUUAUUUACUGAUUGGAUGCGUGCUUUGCUGGCUGGCCAGAAUUUAUUUCCUGACCCAGUUGCCCUUGAGAAAGUGGUGGCUAGCUUCCUUCUUGAACAUCUGCUGUAGGUCGACCCAUAAUACCCUUAGGGUGGAAAUUCCAGAAUCUCGAUCCAGAGACAGUAAAGGAGCAGCAAUAUAUUUCCAAGUCAGG